AUGAAAUUCGGACUUCAUGCCCUGACUGCGGCCACGGUGCUUGCUGCUUCAGGCCUUGCCACUUUGACGCCGCGCGCAGCAAACAAGAAUGUUUUGCCUGCCAGCCAUGGUUACAUCAUUGAGCUAGAACCCAACGCUUCCAUCAACGGUCGAGGCCUGGAAGGGGAUGAUGUUGACGUGCACUCUGCAUUCCACCGCCGAGCUCAGGAUGUGCUGGACUAUUCCGUGAGGCACGAAUUCAAGGACCCAGAAUACUUUUACGGACUCUCCAUCAACGCAAAAGAAGACACCGACAUUACCACUUUACUCGCAUUACCGCAAGUCAAGCAAGUCUGGCCCAAUCGCUAUUAUGAGCGCCCCGCUCCUGUUGUUUCGGGACGAUCGCCCAAGGCUCCCAGUGAUUCCGUUCCUGUUGGUAUCAAACCUAUUCAUCUGAGAGAGACAGCAAAGGUUGCCACUAUCAACGGAACGAGCGAUGUUCUUUCCAGUUUAAAGAUGACCGGUGCCGACAAAGUCCACGCUCAAGGCUUCACUGGAAAAGGCAUCAAAAUCGGAUUCUUGGACACCGGAGUUGACUACCGCCACCCUGCUCUUGGAGGUGGUUUCGGGGAGGGCUUCAAAGUCGCUGGAGGCUAUGACUUUGUUGGAGACGACUUUGCAGGCUGGAAUGACCCUGUACCAGACGGCAACCCGUUGACAGUCUGCCUUGACGGAGGCCAUGGAACACAUGUUGCUGGAAUUAUUGCUGCAAGAGACCCCGCCGACACUGGGUUUGGUAUUGUUGGAGUCGCACCAGAUGCAACCUUGUACGCUUAUCGCGUCCUGGGUUGCACUGGAGGUGUAACUGACGACAUCCUUAUGCAAGGUUUUCAAAAGGCGGCAAGCGACGGCGUCGACCUCAUCAGUAUGUCGAUUGGUGAGACUGCCGUCUGGGAGACAGGUUCACCUUAUGUUCCCCUUCUUGCCAAGAUCCAAUCUCAGGGCAUUGGUUUGAUCAUCGCUGCUGGAAAUGAAGGUGACCAAGGCAUUUACCUGUCUUCUGCCCCUGCACAAGAUGCUAGUGUUAUCUCAGUCGGCUCUGUUGGAAACACGGUUUUCACAACAGUGUAUAACGCUGUUGGUUCAGAUGGAUCCACGAUUGAGUAUGGCCGCAUUGUUCCCGUGGACGCCUCGGCUCGUUAUAAUGUCUUCUAUGGAGACGAUGAUGACGGAAAUUGCGUCGACCAGGCAUGGACCGACGCAGCUGCGUCUUUCCCGGACAAGGAUCGGCUGAUUGCUUUAAUAAGCUCAAGCAGCAGCUGUGUCUAUAACCUUGAUGUCCUCACCAACUCGACUGGUAUCAAAAACGUUUGGGAAUGGAUGCCUGACACUGCGGACUUGGAGAUUGACUCCCCUGGAGCCAACGGAGACGUUGACGUCGUGAGACUGAGAAAGUCCCAGUCUGAUAAGAUAUUGGCAGGUAUUGCAAAAGAGGGCAGGAAUUUCACAUUGACUUUUGAAGAUCAAACGGUCCAUGAAAUUCAGCAACCCACUGGUAACACCACAUCGUGGUUUUCGACUUUCGGACCAACUUUGGAGAUGUCGCUGAAACCUCAGGUCUCAGCGCCCGGUGGAUCCAUCCUCAGUACUUGGGUUACCUCGAAUGGAUGGGGAUACGCCCUCAUCUCCGGCACAUCAAUGGCAACGCCUCACAUUGCUGGAUGCUAUGCUCUCAUCAAGCAGAAAUAUCCCAGUCUGUCACCUAAGGAAAUUGCCCGCCGUCUGCAGUCUUCGGCAACUCCACUGAAAGAGUACAAAGGAAACGGUUUGUUAACAACGGUGGCCCAACAAGGAUCCGGUCUUGUCAAUAUCCUGAAGGCUCUUACGUCUGAGACUGUCUUUUCACAGACGGAAUUCAAUCUUCAUGACACACCCAACCCUGCCAAGCAGAAUUUCACAAUUGAGAACAAGUCGUCCAGCUCCAAGACAUACUCAAUUGGCCACAAGGGAGCAGCAGAGGUCAAUGCUCUGCCUCUUGUGAAAAGCCUCGAUGCCAAUGAUAUGUUCUACUGGAACCCCAAUUCAAACGCUGUCUAUGCCGACGUGGUGUUCUCCUCUGAGUCGCUUACGAUUCCUGCAGGUGGCAAGGCAACUGUAGAAUUCACGGUCACUCCACCUAGUCUUGAUUCAACUCUGUUGCCUGUAUACAGCGGGCAUAUCACCGUAAACGACGGCAGCGACGAAUUUGACCUUCCAUACCUCGGCAUUCCAUACACUCGAAACAGUGCGUCUAACAUAUACACGGGUAACGUCAAAAACCUUGAUGCUCGGCUUAAUCCUCCUGUGGGGGUUUCUCCCCUUCCGUUUUUAACUGCCGGUGACACUGGCACUCGCAACAUCGACAAGAUGGAAUUCACCUUUCCCGCCAAGAAGGUUGGAGAGAACCAAACUCAACCUGCGGACAACGAUCCGAACUUUGUCUUUUUCAUUGAUCAACCUUCUGCAUAUGUCCGUCUGGAUGCCGUGCCCGUUGACCUGGCGUCCAACCCUGCCUACAACUUCACACCCUCGACUUUAGGCUAUAUUCCCAGGGAACUUUCGAACUCGACUGGUUUUGCUAACACCACUACAAUUCACCCGCCUCUAGACCUUGACUCUUUGGACAACUUUGCAGGAGUUAAGAGCUACGGUUUGGUCGCCUCCUUGUACGGAGGUGAUAAGCCAAAGUACACCAACUCUAUCAACUUCCGUGGUUACAGUCUCUACAGCGUUGAGUGGACGUGGGCAGAAGUUGAACUUGCUAACGGCACUUUGUAUUCACUGCCGAACGCGGAUUACCGUGUGCUUAUUCGAGCGCUUAGAUGGGGAGGAGAUAUCCACGAUUCGAGCAACUACGACAGCUGGCUGAGUCCUAUUAUCACGGUUAACAUCACCGACCCUGGUUACCCCAACCCUUGGCAUUCGAUUUAA